UACCAAAAAACACUUCAAAGCACUGCUAGUUGGGCCCACCCUGUUAAACUUUUGUCCUUAAUCCUGCAACACUCCUCAAUCAUGUCCUUCUACUCCUCACUUUUUCCCAGGAAAAUUGCACUCCUUUACCUCUUCACUUUCCCACUAACCAAACAAUGGUACAUUGUUAAAGAAGUAGACCCUUCUGCACUAUUAGGGUUUUCCUUUUGGCUUUUGUUCCGAUACCCUUUUCACAAGAAACCCAUUUUGGGCUUACAUAAAUGGGUUUCAUGAUGGAGAAGAAGCUCUUCUGGUUACAGUGGAUUGUUCUUUGCAGUUUAUUGCUUGGAGCUGUUGUUUCCUCAAAGCACCAUGGAAACCCUGCAAAUGAUAUAGUCGACAUUAUCAACAAAAACCGAACAUCCCAAAGGCUUCAGCAACUCAACAACAGUCCUGGUCUUGGGUGCAUUGCCUUGCAAUUUGCAGAGGAAUGCAAGGGGAACUGCACGACCAACAACACCAUAAACUGCCACCCACCAGAAGAUGAUUUCACUGAAGUUUUUGCUCCCAAUUGCGGUGUAGAAUUACCCACUUUCGGCACCAUUUCAGGCCUUAUCGUUGGGUGUCAACACAAAUACCUUGAGCCGUUAGAAGCCUUCUCCCAAGCGCUUGUUCGAGACAAGAAAAGUCUAUCUCUGCUAAGUAAUAAAACACACACUGAAAUUGGAGUAGGGGUGAUUAGAACCCAUAAAGGGUCUUAUUGGUGUGUUUUAUUCAGCACUAGUGAAAGAAAUACUUCAUUUGUCCUUGAAGAUUUAGGUCAAGGGAUCAAGCAGAAGAAAGGGUGCUUCAGCGGAACCAGUACUCCCUGCAGCAGCAGCAGCAGCGGAAAGAGAAAAACCAGCGUGUUUUUUUACUAUAUUUUUCUUGUUUGCUUUCUUUAUAUGUUGCUGUCGCAAGUGUUCUACUUCAAUGUAUUGUGAGACCACAAAAGAAAAAGGCCUUCAGUGAUGUGAUGUUGUGAGAUUUUGUUUUCAUUUCAGCUGAAGAGAAUGUUGGGAAGGACACUCCAGAUGCAAUUUUGUGUUUACUAUUCAAA